GUUGGAAAACAAGCACAGCGGCCCUUGAGGACUGGAAUUACCCACCACUGCACUAGAGUCUUUUGGGCAGCAAUUAACAGGUUAGUAGGGGAUUGCCAACAGUCGUUUUUCUCCACAUGAACUGAAUGCAGCUUCGGUUGGCUCUACAGCAACAAUGGCCACCAUCUGUCAAAUAUGGAGACCGGACCGAGGGCGGUACUUCAAAACAUACGGAAUCGUGAUUGUAUUGUUUAUGGACCUGGUGUUACAAUGUGUUAACGGUUACCUGACCUCUCCUCACGUUGGCCAGGAUCCCCCCUACACUAGAGAUGCCCAGCAUGGACCUGCAUUCCCCAGCCCAGUGGUCCCUGCUUCGUCCUCGGUGUCUCCUGCAGAUGAAGAGAGCUACACUUCCAAGUGUCCUAGUGGGGGUUUGUGUAGGCACCUGCCACCUGACUGCAUUCACUGCAAUUAUCAACACAACUGCACCUAUGGGAAACCAGCUUCCUUCACUUGUAAACCAAAAAAAGGGGUUCACUGUAUUGGAGAGUCAGGACAAGCCCAAGACAACUUCUCUCUGACCAUCACCUGUCAGUUCUGCUGGCAGUUGGAUCCAUCCCAGUACCGCUGCUCAAACUCCACCAAUUGUAUGACAGUCUCCUGCCCACGCAAGCGCUACAAUGCCACCUGUGAUGUGUUGGGUCAUGUACAUUGUUUAGGUAAGAGACGUUUUCAGAAACGGCUGUUUUGCAACUGGACUGGAGGAUACAAAUGGUCAACAGCAUUAGCACUCAGCAUCACACUUGGUGGUUUUGGGGCAGAUCGGUUUUAUCUGGGCCAGUGGCGAGAGGGUCUGGGCAAACUCUUCAGCUUCGGAGGCCUGGGCAUUUGGACUUUGAUAGAUGUUCUUCUGAUAGGAGUUGGUUAUGUGGGACCUGCUGAUGGUUCUCUCUACAUAUGAAGCAAAGCUCUGGAGACAUAGCUGGAUGGUUUGUACUCUCCUUUCAAAGAUUCAAGAUCUCAGAUGCUGUCUACUUAGCACAUUUCCUUGCUCAAACGUGUCCUCAUCCCAUCUGCUAACAGGCAGGAAGUGUUGAGAAUAACUCUACCCACACAACCAUCAGAUCAGUCCGAAUCAUUCUGCAUCCAUCUCCUGUUGAGAUUUUGCAGAAAGAGUUGUGCAUUAUAUAUGUCUGGUUAGUUUGACUUAACGGGUGGUUAGGCUCCCUCAUGCUGAUAGGUUCGGUUUCAUGUGGAGACUUGCUUUAACAGACCUCGUGUCACCAUGUAGCUAUGUGUCAAAUAGCUACAAGGGAUGUGUCAAAUGGUAGCCAUAACUACAGAUUUAUUUUUGGUGAGACGGGACACAAUGGACAACAUUCUCGAAAGAAAGCAUGAAGAUGCAGGACAAUACGCGUUUGUUUUUAUUGACAGCAGAUACAUGUGGAUGAAUUCCAUGGUUAUUUGGCAUGCAAUAUACACUAAGUAAGCAGUGCAGGUCACAACUGUAAGUCUUGCCCCAAGGGCUACAUUCUAUAUAUGAUAGCCUAGCUUUUCAGAAAAAGAGAAAAUGGUCACUCACUGCAAUGUGUAGUUUGAAUCUUGGGAAAUGCACAGAUAAUAAUCAGUGUAAAUUUGUACAUGAUGAAUAUUGAAAUACUUGUUUUGCAGAUGUGUUGCACUAGAAAACUUCAUCUAACUUGUGGCUUCCCUUGGAGAUUUUGGAGAUAUGCCGUGCAUUAAGUUUGUAUUUUUUCUCAUGAUCAUUUUGUAAAAAAAAUUUCUCUGUGUACUAACACUAUCUUUGCUUGAGACUGGCACAAAUUGAUUAACAUCUCACUUUAUGUACAUAUGUUUUCAGUGUCAGGGCCAUUAUACUUUGUUGUGUGAACACUGUAAAUGACACUUUUUAAGUUAUGUAAAUAAAACUGUCAAGUAUC